AUGUCUCGUCUGAGCGCAUAUAUGAACCGGAGCGCCAAGGUGUUCACGGACACUGCCAGGCGCAUGAUCCUUAUGGAGGGUGCCGACAUGCCCUCCCGUCUCCCCAUCUCUCUGUAUACAUUCAAUUCCCAUGAAGACAUCUCUCAAUAUGCCAAAGGAUGUGAUGCAGAUGUAGGCGGGACUUCGACCGUCAAUUUUGCUCUCGACGAGUCUACAGCAACGCCAUCUACGUCUGAGAAGCCCCAUUCGCCGCAUGAAGUCAUCGUCAACCGGCCCACAGGGAAGUUCUGGGGCGAAAUGAAGCUCGGUGUCAGGACUGGUUUGGAGCAGCGGAUCAGAGGCGGUUAUGCUGGUUUUCGAAACAAGCCUCGACCCACCCUGUUCGGCGAGAUGUCAGACGACGUCUCGCAUCAUGGGUUCCUUGCUCUCCGGGUCUCUGCGCGAGGCCACCCUCGAACACGCAAUUCCUACUUUGUCAAUCUCCAAACAGACGGGCCCAUCACCACUGACCUCUGGCAACACCGUCUCUUCUUCAGAAAGGAUGACGGGAGCUGGGAAGAUGUAUUUAUACCCUUCAAAGAUUUUGUGCUAACCAAUGCCGGUGAGCUUGUGCCGGAGCAAAUACGGAUGUAUCGUGAACGUGUACGCUCCAUUGGCAUAUCCAUCCUCGGCGGAAACAGCGGUGUGGAAGGCCCUUAUGAGUUGGGUAUUGAUUCCAUUCGCGCCGUUAACAUUGAAGACGUCACGGAUGCCGCCGCGCUAGAGAAGGCACCGACUGAGGGCACACAGUGGCAGCGACCUCCUGUACUAUAA